ACAAAAAAAAAAAAAAAAUAAAAAGGAAAAUUUAAAAAAUUAAAAAUAAUAAAUUAAUAAUUUUUGUUAGAUAUCAUACAUAUAUAUAUACAUUUUUACAUUUUUACAUUAUAAAUUGAUAAAUAUGCGUUCGCUGGCGAAAACUAAACCAACACUUUCAGAUGUUCUCAAUAAUGAAACAUCAUAUCCAUAUUCAUUAGAUGAUUUUGCAACAUUCUUGGAUCAAACAUUUUGUUUGGAAAAUUUAGAAUUUUAUUUAGCAGUUAAAAGAUAUCGAUAUUAUGCAUCAAAUUAUUUCAAUUCCAAUAAUUCCGCCACAUCACUUUUAAUGUCAGACAUUACCGAUAUACCAGAAGUUCCAGAAGAUUAUUAUUUUGAUGACGCUUCAUUACGUGGGGAUACCCCAGCUCAUAUGGAAUUUCUUAAACAAAAACUUGUUGAUAUAAUUACUACAUUUAUUUUACCAAAUUCACCAAAAGAAAUCAAUAUUCUUUCAGUAACAAGAGAUGAUUUAUUAACUAAUGUUUUUCAAUAUAAUAAUUAUCAUCCUUCAAUACUUGACCCUGUUAGGAAUCAAGUAUAUGAAUUGAUGCAAGCAAGUAGUUUCAAUCAAUUCUUACUUGAAGCUGGAAAUACUGAAUUAAGAAUGUCGAGUGAAGAAAGUGAAGGUGUAGAUUCUGAUUAUUCUUCUUCUUCUUCAUCCGGUGUUAAUUUUCGUGGAAUUACUCGUUCAACAAAUAAAAAUAAUCGUACCAAACAAACUUUUGGUGCCGGUUUAAAACAAAAAUAUAGGAAAUUGAUUAAAACAACUUCCUCAAAAAUUAACGGAAAUAAUUGAAUUCAAAUUAUUGAAUAAUUACAUUUUUUUAUUUUCGGAUUUUGGAAUUUUGGAAUUUGAAACAAUUUUUUUUUUUUUUUUGCAUUUUUUCUCAUAUUUUCUCAUAAAAAACAAACAUUUUUUUUGUAAUAUAACACACACACGUUAAAUAGAAUAUAGACUUGUUUGAAUUUUUUUUUUUUUGUACAAAAAUAUAUAACUUUAUAGAAUUUGCAAAGGACUUUUUUUUCUUUUUUUCU